GUAGGGUUGAACCAAAGCACAUCGACAGGCAGACAAGUCAAUAUAUUUUCUUCUGUCUUCAGCAUCGACCAAUCGAAGGAACUCAUAAGAGUGGACAAGUUAAAUAAACUGACAGUAAAGAUGACUUUAAAACAUUUUCUGCUUUUCCUCAUCUGUGAGUCGCUACUGGCAUGCAUUACAACAGCAUUCUAUCCUUUGGAUCUCAUGGAUGAUGGAGGUUGUUCAAUCGCAUGUACAAGUGAAAUUUAUGCAGUUAAAAGGACUGGCUCCUUUUACAAGCGUUCACCGCCAACUGAAGCGAGUGAAAAAUGGAUAAAUUGUGCACAAAAAAUAGGCACUAACGGUUGGGCUAGCUUCAAGUUCCUUUUUCUCGGACCAGAUGGUGACUUGUAUGCAGUUCGUAAAGAUGGGACAUUUUGGAAAGGUUAUCCACCUAAAUAUGCACGCGACAAUUGGAGUGGUCGUGCAAAGAAAAUUGGCAAUGGGGGUUGGGCUAGCUUCAAGUUCCUCUUUUUUGGUCCUGGCGGUGACUUGUAUGCAGUUCGUAAAGAUGGCACGUUUUUAAAAGGUUCUCCACCUAAAAAUGCACGUGACAACUGGAGCGCUCGUGCAACCAAAAUUGGCAACAGGGGUUGGGCUGACUUCAAAUUUCUCUUUUUUGGUCCUGAUUGCAACCUGUACGCUGUUAAAAAAAAUGGGCCCUUCUUUACAACGUACGAACCAAAGAACAGGCGUGACCCAUGGUUAGGUCGUGCAACAAAGAUUGGCACUGGAGGUUGGCAACAUUUCAAGUUCCUCUUUUUUGGUCCCGGGGGGUAUUUGUACGCAGUAUCACGUGAUGGUUCGUUACGUCAAGCCCCUCCUCCAACCUACGCAAAGGAUAACUGGACUUAUCGCUCAACUAAAAUUGGUGCUAAAGGAUGGGCGAAUUUUAAAUUUUUGUUUUAACUCUCUUGAUUUGAUUCAGUAGUUACUAGCAGUCUAUAAUUAUGCUCUUGUAAUUGUUUUCUACGUAUUGAGUCUUGAAAUAUAAUAGCGAUACUAAACCAA